UUCUGCAUACAGUUGAUGUACUCCCUUAGCUCUAGCUCGCACGAUCUAUUCAUCUAGGACGAGACAACCAAUUUAAGCCUUAGGAAUUGACAAGGAAUAGCGAUUGUUUAAGAAUAUCAAGAGCUAUCAGAAAUGAUGAAUACAGAGGGUGAUUAUACAUUGUGCAAUUUGGAUGCGCAUUCUUACGGGACGGGAUACAGUGUGAACACUCCGGACAGUACGGGCUCGAUCUACGGGUACUCUAUGAACAAUCGUUCUAUAGAUACAGGACAACACGGAUAUUAUGCUUCUGAUAAUAAUAACAUAAAUUUAUCACACGGGGGAGUGGACCUGUCACUUGUAAAUGGACAUGUAGUUUCUCAACAUCAAAAUGUAAAUUAUAACGUGAAUGGAAAUAAUUCAAUGAUGGGGAGGGGAGUGAGGGGCACGGGAUAUCAGGAGAUAGAUGGGCAGUUGGCUCAGUGUUUGGACCCUUAUACAGGACUUGCGGCAAUAAAUUGCGACUCGCAGACAACACAUGGAGGCAUACCGCCACAUUCCCCGGGCGGCGGAAGAGCGGUGUACGGGAGCCCGUGCAUUGAUUCAAUGGGACAGUGCUCAAUACCAAAUGGAAGUCAUACAGCCUACCUCCCUCAGAUGACACCCCCGUCACCGGUGAAAUCAGAGUCACCCUCACCCCAAAGUUUACAAGCCAAACCGUUUAGAUGGAUGCAGAUUAAAAGGAAUCCUGGUAAACAAGCAACAGCUCCACCUAUAACAAAGACCGGUGACUAUGGUUACCCCGCAGCUCAGACAGCACAGACCGCCGGUGGUGCAGGCUCGAACAUGGGUCGGACAAACUUCACUAACAAACAACUUACUGAAUUGGAAAAAGAAUUUCAUUUUAAUAAAUAUCUUACAAGGGCACGAAGAAUAGAGAUCGCCGCUUCGCUUGGACUGAACGAGACACAAGUUAAAAUAUGGUUCCAAAAUCGGAGAAUGAAACAGAAAAAGCGAAUGAGAGAAGCCCAGUUUAGCUCUGCUAAUAGAGAAAAUUGUCAAAUAGGACUUGACUCCAUGGGUGUCAAUUCAAUAGCCAUGUGUCAUGAUACGAGAUAAAUAAUACUUGAGCAUUUGACCCUCAAAUAGUAAAACGAACAAACAUUCCGAGCUGGAAUGGAUAGUUAUUACUUUCCUAGCCGGAAUAGAUAGUUCUGUGAAAGUCCUAACAAUAAUUGCAUAAUCGUUUCAAAGAAUUCCUGCACUCUUCAUAAUGGAGUUAUUUUUGGAGUGUUUAUUGUCAUGAACCCAAACUUAUGUCCGCCAUAUUGUGCUGUCUAGUCAUACAUGAACACGUGACUUCUUUUGAAAUAUCACGUGGCGUUUAAAAACAUGGCGUCAACAUAGUCAGUUGUAUCUUGUCAGUUUCGUCGUUGGUAAAAUUAUGUGCAAUAUGGAAUUUGUUUGAGAAAUUCCGAACAGAUUCAUGUGAAUUACAACAACGGUUAAAAGUGCUCACGAAUAUAUGUGUUAAAGUUAGAACUAGUCGUUUAGAAACUAAGUUGUAUAUCCGCAAUUUAGCACACAACUGAGCUCAAGUGAUACCUAUGUCGAAAAUUGGUCAAUUAUACGCGAAUUUUCCUGUAAAGACUGAACAUUUUCAUGCUUUUGUGUGACAUUGCGAUAUUAUACGUGUAUAAAAUUUACUAAUAUGCAUAAUAUAUUUCACAUUUUCCCAUGUUUUCACUUUGUUCACGACUUGUUGACAUUUUCUGCUUAUUUUUAUAAUGGAAUAAAAUGUAUCUCAUUGUACUUUAAUUUGUCUGGAACAUAGUCUCUUGUCGACCAUAACUUAUAUUUUUGUUACUUGUCCGGAUUAUGUUUAUCUGUUUCUAGAACGGUGGCAGAGUUUGCAUGGCUUUCACUUCUUUAUAUUUGUCAAAAUAGCUAACCCGCCAUUCUGAUAUUUGCCAAAAAAUAAUAGAUUUCAUUUGACAUGAUUCCUCACCCCCACUCUCCCUGGCAAACAAAUUUUCAUAAAAUUUUGAAUGUAUGGCGGUAAAAAAAAUUGAUAACAAAUAUAAAAUAUCUGUCACAAAAUUUAACACUUAAUUGGAUAUAGUUUAGUUAUCUGUGCUACCACAUGAUCAAAAUAAUAACUGACGGGUUAGCUCUUUUGGUCAGUAUAUAACAAAAGAGUAUCUAGUUAAUAUUUUAAAAACAGUUCUCUUUCUUCAUAUCUGUGCGAGACUUACAACCUAAUUUUUUUUUUGAAGAAUUGCAAAUUUAGAAGAAGUUCCAAGAGCAUAUCUUUUUAUUCUAUAAUUUGAACUGUUCCGAAUAAAUUUGUUUUCGAUUGUCCAAAAAUUUACUGAUUUUCAUAAAGAAGAAGCAGUGUUUCUUGUCUACAGUUUUUUAUGUUUCAAAUUAUUUAUCAAAUGCUGAUCAGCCGGGAAAAAAAUAAGCGUAAUUUUUAACAAUCUAAUCCAAAAAGAUGAAUGUGAGAAGAGGAAUAUAAGCUAACAAAAGGCGUGCUAAAAGCAAAACUGUUUUAUUUUAAAAUUCUAAUUUAAUUAACGUGCAACACCUAAGUAGAGUGAUCAACCUAAAUUAAUAAAUAAAUUAAUAAAUAAGUAAACAACAAUAAUAAUAGUUAUGUAUUAUUUCGAUUAUGUCUGUUGUGUAUAAUCAAGAGAAAAAUCCUCAAAUAUAUAUUAUUUGUGCCUUGGUAAAUAAAAGGCGACGCUCUGUCAGUCAACUGCACCAUCACAAACUGUCUAUAUGCGGCAAAAAAAAAACCCCGGAAAUUUCAUUUUCUAUCAUAUCUUCUGAAUUUCUGCUUUUUUUAAAUAAAUCAUUAUUAUUCAUUUUUUACAUUCGGUCUCAAUUUAUUUUUAUUGUGUAUUCAUCUUAAAUCGUAGAAGGUAUUUGUGAGCUACGAAAUGCAAAUAUUCAUGUUAAAUAUUAAAAUAAAAUGAAUAAGAAAGAAAAUGAAUCGUCACUAUUAUAUCAUUCGCCAUAUUUUGGAUUUAUAAUUUGUUAUUUAUAUAAAAGUAUAGAAAACACAUAUUGUUUUAAAAUAGUAACUGAAAAAUAAGGAAAACACUUGGUCGGUAAAAUGUAGAUUCACUUUUUUUUAACAAAGGUAUAGUGAAUCUUUUAUCAAAUUUACUUUACUGGAUACAUUUCACAGUGACGAAAAUUGACGGUCUGUCAUUCACCAUAACGUCAACGUUACACAAAAUCCUAAAUGUACAUUUUACCAUUACUGUAUAAACAGUUUUUACCAAAGCAUAAGCUUUGGUAAAAAUUAACUUUCGCAAAGCCUUGAAAUUGAGAGUGGGGGAUGGGUAGGGUUGUAAUUAAGUUAACAUACAUACUGAAAAAGAUAUUAUUUAUUUUUCAACGUAAUAAAAAUGAACGGGUACAGAUCCGCUUUUACAACACGUCAGACUAACUUUUAAUUUUUCUAAGUGUGUUAAUGACUUCGCUUAUAGUUAAGAUCAUAAGUGAUCAAUUUUAGUUUAACACAUAUACUGAUCAAUCUUGUGGCGUUACCUCAUUCGACUUUUAUGUGGUAAAGCAUUACUUCAACUGUAAAAAAAAAUAAGUUCAAGUAACUCGCGAAUCCGCAAUUUAUUCUGAAACAAAAACAGAAGAGGAGCAGCGCGAAUGACACAAAAACUUUAAGAUAUUUAUAAAUACCCACAAAAACAUCGUAUUAAAUUGAACGUGUCAGAAAAAUAUAAUGGUAUGAUAGAGAAUUCGAAAACAAAUAAAAAUAUUCUUGUUGCAUAGACGAAGAAAAUGCAAUAAUUGAUGAACGCAAUUACACAUCAUCUGGUACAAAAUUGGAAGGCUUUUAAUUCAAUCGACUUACUUAACAGUAGAUACGUACAAGACUUACUUCUAUUUGAUACAUAACCAGUUUGCAGAUUUUUUUUUCAUUUUGUUAAAAAUAGGUUGAUUGACUUUACUUUGAUUUCUACACAGAGCGUCGAAAACAAACAUUGUCUUAACUAAUAUUAACAGAAAAAUAAUAUCUCAUACAUUUUUGUACUUGAGACAUUUUACUAACGGUAUUUCAUCAGUGAAAAUAGUCAAAGAACUAUUUUUGUUACUACAGUACAUGCUCAAGAUGAUCUGCCAUUUUUUCAUUUCAAUAUUGAAAAUCUUAAGGAUUUUUCGUUCACUUUGAUUUGCUGAAAUAAUUAUGCUCUGUAAUAUUACUUUUGAAAACUUUCUUUCUCGUUAUGUUGAGUAGAUCAUGUUAAUUCUGUCGUUUUCAAAGCAUAAACUUUUUUAUUAUUCUAAACGUUGUUUAAUAUCUAAUGUGACAUUAUAACGUGUGUGGUUCAUUACUUACAACUUGCAAACCUAAUUCAGCUCUUCAUGUUUUAACUUGAAACUUCUUAAGUUUAGAUUAAAAAGUAUUUUGCAUUUCAUUUUCUAUGACAGUGAUUACAGAAAACAAAUCUUGGUUUUUAUAGUUGUACCAUUAACAAAUGUCUUAUUUAGAAAGUCUUGUACAAUACCCCGAACAGCUCCAUGUUUCCCAACUGGUGUAGGCGAUGAAUAAACAUCAUAAAAAAUGGGAUUUAAAUAGAAUUUAUUGAACAACUCUCAUAUUUACCGGACACCGGAGUGCACCAUGUCUUUCCAUUGGUGUAAGAGAUGGAUAAAAAGCUAUUGGGAUUUUGAAUAGUAUCAUGAAUAGUAUCAUGGACAACUCUUUUAUUUAGAAAGUCUUGUAACAGACUCCUUAAAGCCUCAUAUUUCUUCAUUGAUGUAAGAGAUGGACUGACAUUGCCUUUCAGUUUAUAAGUUUGAUGUAUCAGCUGGUUGUGGUCACAAAGGAAGCGUAGCAGCCUCAGAUAGCCCCGAAACAAAACAGAUGUUGGUUACUUCUUUAGAAUAUACUUAUUUUAAAUAUUUUUGAUAUAUCAAAAUUCAUAAUUGCAAGUAUGCAAGAUGUCACUAUUCUCUAGCCAGUAACGUAUUCCAAAAAUUCAAUUUCAAUCGUUAUUUUUGUUUUUAUCAUUAACAAAAUUAAGGCGAAACAAGUGCUAUCAUCAUGGCAAUGUAUGAAUUUUUUUUCCUAUAUUAUUUACCAAUAAGCAGUUUUACAAACGUCAAUAUUUUAUUAGAUUUAUAAAAUGUUUGUCACAGAAAUUUACUUUUACUAAUUUUCAGUCGCCCAAGUUCGAAUUGUUUUAAAGACAGUUGUUUUUUUACAAAUUUCGAUAAUAACGAUGUCAAGUCUUUUUCAGAUUUUUUUUAUAUCCAGUUCAAACCAAAAUUUAAAGUGUGUAGUUUAACAGGCUAACUUGAUAAAAGCUUUAAGAGUCUUGGUUUUCUUUUCUUAUUUUUUUCACAUAAAUGCAAACUUUAUGAUUGAAGCAGAUAUCUUAAUCGUCCUGAAAUAUAUGUUGUGCUAUCAAAGAGAAUUUCUACCUCAAACACUAAAGCAUACAUCUUAAUUCCAAUACAAAGAUUUAAAUGAUAUUUGCUUUUUGUGAGUGUCUUUAGCAUUGUUUGUUCCUACUAACGCUUCAGUUUGGUUUCUUAAAAAAUCAACAUGUUUUAUUUUGAUUUCUUUCGUUAAUACAAGAAUAAGAGUCAACAUCUCUUGCAAAUUCACUUCAGUGGUUUGGUGUGUUUAUUUUUUUAUACUUGUCAAUUUGUUUUCUUUGUUUUUUUAAUACAUUUAUCUAAUACUUUCGCAAACCAGUGUAUAGACACAUUAGAAGUUGAACGUUGAUUAGAAGGACACGGUGGUGUAGAAGUAAACAACUGAAAGCAAAGGUGUUACUGAUGAAAGCAUGGAAUCACAUAAUUCUAAAGUUUAAUGAUUAUAUGUUUUCUAUUUAUAAAAACAUGGGGUUUGGUAGUAAAAUUCUUAACAAAUUUACGUUUAAGAAGUAGGGAUGUUUUGAUUUCCAAGUUUUAGAAAAAAUGAAUAAUCGGUUGUUUUUUUUGACUUUCUGAUAAAUAAUGUUAAACAUUGGAAAAAAUGGGCGCAUAAAUUUUUUGCCAUACACGAGUAAUUAUUCUUAAAUGUCUUUUUCCACAGUCUCUUUCUUUCCAAACUUCAUUUUAUUAGAUAUUUCCUUCUAUUUACUCAAAACAUUCCUACCAGGUUUGAUACAUUGAAAAGUUUCAGGCAUAAUGUGAUAAAUCUAAAAUGACAGUUCAGAAUAUGCAUUUCCAAAAGAAAUACACAUAAUUACAUGGACCAUAUAUCAAGUCUCAGACUGUGCAGUUAGGUGCUAUAAUUGCAGUCAAGAGCAAUGUGAAUGAAAUAAAUCAAUACCAAUAUAACUUGGAGUGAUAAAUGUUAAACAUGCGAAACAUGUGAAACACAAAAAAAAUGAAUAUUUUCUGUACUAACGUUUAUGUUGUUUAGUCAAACUUUGUGUACUAUGAUUCAAUAUAUAAGAAGGCGUAAAUAUAUACAUUGUUAAUUUUUUA